GGCCCCCAUUACCAUUGUUUGCUGAACUCACAUACAAAGGCUUGCUCUCUCGCUCUCCAUUCUCUGAAAGAAACACAAACUGAAAAACUAAAGAAAAAAACGAAACCGAAAAAGGGAACGAUUUAUCGGAGGAAGGAGACGGUGCAAUGGCCGAUCAACUCACCGAUGACCAGAUCUCCGAGUUCAAGGAAGCUUUCAGUCUCUUCGACAAAGAUGGCGACGGUUGUAUCACUACCAAGGAGCUUGGGACUGUGAUGAGGUCCCUAGGGCAGAACCCAACUGAGGCAGAGCUCCAGGACAUGAUUAAUGAGGUUGAUGCUGAUGGUAAUGGAACCAUCGACUUCCCUGAGUUCCUAAACCUCAUGGCUAGAAAGAUGAAGGAUACUGAUUCUGAGGAGGAGCUGAAAGAGGCAUUCCGAGUUUUUGACAAAGAUCAGAAUGGGUUCAUUUCGGCGGCUGAGCUGCGCCAUGUGAUGACAAACCUCGGUGAGAAGCUAACCGAUGAAGAGGUGGAUGAGAUGAUUCGUGAAGCGGAUGUGGACGGUGAUGGCCAGAUAAAUUAUGAGGAGUUUGUCAAGGUGAUGAUGGCCAAGUGAUGAUCCCACACACCAACCAAAAUGCUUAAUGAACAUGAUCAUCUGAAAAAGAAAAAAAAAAAGAAAGAACAGGUUUGACUAAUUAUUAAGGGAUAUUCUUGGUUUCCUUUUUUUAAAUUUUUAUGUGAUGGUUUUUUUAUUCAAGCCUUUACAGAAGUUGUUGCCUGUUCUGGUGGUGUGAUGGCAGUGGUGAAAAAGUCUUUCAUGUGUCCUGGCAGUUUAUUUUUAUUAUUAUUAUUUUUUAAUUUUCUUUUCCAUUUUGCUGUCUCUUUUGAAUAUAGAGUACCCUGGGAAAAUGAAUGACUCAUUUUAUUA